AUGUCUUCUAACAUCUAUUUGACAUAGACUCAAAUUCAUGAGUUAUUUAAGAUUUGUGAACUUAAAACAGCUGAGGUUAAAAAACUAGAAAUCCCCUCUUUUGGUGAGGUUGAAUAAAGUGCAAAUUUACCUGAAUUCCAGUAGGAAGCAUGUCAUUUCUCCUCAGAUUCCAAGAAAGAAGAUAAUUACACUACCAACCCUACGAAUAAUACUAAUAGACAUCCAAGUUAGGAUUCAAUCUUCGAAAUCAAGGAUGACACUGUUAGAAUAUCAAAGUUAGAAUAUGAGAAUUUGAAAAGAGAUGCUCUUUGUUAUUAAUCUUUGAUUAAACAAAAUAAAGAAUUCAAAACUAACAAAUCCAUCGUCAUUUAACCAAAUCAAUAAAAAUUAUAGCUCUCAUUCUUUUAAGACAAUAAUAAGAAAAUGUAGAGACACAUUUAUGAUCUCUUAUAGAAUGUCAAAUCUAUUGAGCAUGAAAAUUAAAAAUAUUAAGAUGAUAUAUUAUAACUAAGAUUAUAAAUAUAAGAUUAAUUAAAGAUCAUAUAGCAAGGUAAAAUAGACUAAGAAAGGCUUAAAAUAUCAAUAAUUCAAAAGGAUGAAGCUUAUAUCAAACUAAAAAAUAACUAUGAUAAAAUAGCUAAAGACUUGGAAAGGAGUAAGAAUUGCAAAAGUGCUCAAAGAGGCUCUUAUUUAACAACUAAUCCUUCGAACCUUUCGUUAAAAGGAUUAUAAAAGAUUAAUCUUAAAAAUUACUGCAACUAGAGCUUAAUUGUUGAAAAAUAAAGUUGA